AGGAAAUGAUGAAAAAAGAUUAUGCUCAUUUAGAUGAAUCAAGCAAAGCAUAAUAAAAACUUUCUAAAGUACACUCAAAAUUUGACAAAUGUUAAUAAUACUAAGAUAGAAGAUGUAUAAAGAAAUGCAAAUAAAUUAGCAGAAGAAAAAGUAGCUGCUAAAUAUGAUGGAAUACUUAAGGAAAUGAAAAAAUAAAGAGUGAAUUGUUGGAAUAUGAAAGAACAUUGCAAAUAAAUUAAAAAGAUAAAGAAACCUUUUGACAGGAAAAUAUAAAUUAUAAAUUAAAUCUAAGUAUAAAGGAAGAGUAAGCUUAAUAGUAUAAAAUUAGAUAUAUAUAAUUAGAUAUUAAAUGAUAAAUCAUAAAUAAAUCAUAAAAAUAAAGUAAUUGAAAGAAAAAAUUGAAUAUUUGAAAUCUUAUAUUGGAAAUGUAACAAUAAUAUGAUUCAAAUAUUAGAAAGUUACAAAAUAGACGAAAGAGAUUGAAAUAAUAAAGCAUUAGAGUAGCACAAAAGUUUAAGAAUUA